AUGACCGGAAACGAUAGUGCAACUACCUCAAAUAACAACCAGAAUCCACAUAAAGAUCACUUCAAGUUUAUUGUAAAUGACAAAAGUAUUUUGGGGCCUCAAUGGUUAAGUCUCUAUCAGACAGAUGGAAAAGUAGGGUUCGCCAAGUCUCAUUUCGAGCAGGCGAUGAUGAACGUUAUUAGAGAACCGAAUAUCAACUCCACAGUUAUUCUGAGAGCGGAUAUUUUGAAAGAGAUCAACCAUGCCUCAGAGGCUGGAUCUGAACUGAAUCCAGACGAGUCUGAAUUGAAAAAGUUUGAGAUCGAGAACAGUAAUGAUGGCGACGAGGAAGACGUGAAGAAGAUAAACAUUGAAGAUUUGAACAUAAGAUCAACCGAAACCUCUGAGGAUUUGAAACUGUCGCCAGUUCACGAAUUUGUGAGGAGAAUCAUCCCAAGGAACUUUUACAAAGAUGCCAUCAUAAACCAAACAUGUUUGAUACUAAACAGUGAAGACCCUGAAUUCCAAGAAUCCUCGUUGAUCAUAUAUACCCCACACAUCGACUCCGAAACGGAUUGUCCGUUUUAUAUUCCAAAAACGCAAACCGUGGGCAUUUUAUUACAUCAAUCAGUCCUUUCUGUACAUUAUAUACCCUUCCCUGACGACAAGACAGCCUUUACAGACGAAUCCGAACGUGUUGUAAGAACCGCUUACAGACUACUGCAAACAGCCAACAAACACUCUAAAGGUGUCAUGCAAGGUUAUGAGAAGAGAGUCAAUCAUGACCAAGUGGUAAAUAAAGUCAAUUUCCAAAAUACAUAUAUUGUGUUGAAAAAGAAAUACUCCAAAUUUUUAGUGGAAAACUGGGCGGAAUCGACCGACCCAAAAAAGCAUGUAUUCGAAGAUAUAGCCAUUGCCGCAUUCUUGAUAGAAUUAUGGAUCAAAGUGUAUGGUCCAGAUUUCCGUUCGAAAAUGCAAUUCAGAGAUUUGGGUUGUGGUAAUGGUGCUCUUUGUUAUAUUUUGCUAAGUGAAAAUAUAAAAGGGCUGGGUAUAGAUGCAAGAAAGCGUAAGUCUUGGGCCAUUUAUCCAUCCGAAGUUCAAUCAUCGUUAAAAGAACAAGUUAUAAUACCCUCUAUUCUUUUGAGACCUCACCCCGCUUUAAAAAGACAAGUGCCUCAUUUGGAGCAUAAUGGAAGAUUUUUCCCGGUCAAAGUCACACAUGAGGUGAUUGCCCCAGCAACUGUUGUGUAUUCGAGCGAAGACUUGCUAAAAUCUCCACAGGUCAGCACUGCUGAGUUCCCAUCAGACACUUUUAUUAUCGGUAACCACUCUGACGAAUUGACUUGCUGGAUUCCAUUACUGGGCCAUCCGUAUAUGGUCAUACCUUGUUGUUCUCACAAUUUCUCAGGUCAAAGGGUGCGUUUCAACGUAAGGAAGCGUGUGCCAAAAUCAAAUGAAAUCAAAAACCAAAAUAAUAGUAAGAGUACCUAUUCUGGAUUAGUGGAUCACGUUGAAUAUAUCUCCUCUCGCGUAGGCUGGAAAGUGGAGAAGGAGAUGUUGAGAAUACCUAGCACAAGAAAUGCAGCCAUUAUUGGUUUGGAGAAUGAAACUUUGAAGAACUUCCCAACGCAAGCGGUGUACGACAUGAUUUGGGAAGAUGGAGGAGCUGAAGGCUGGAUUCAAAACACAAUGACUUUAUUGAAGAGGAAUCCAAGGAAUCAUUGA